AGCUGGGACUUGAUAUAGAUUAGACCAUAAAUUUGUGUGGAGCGGACUCACCUAGUUGUGGGGAGAACAUUAGGCAGUCCAAGGUGUCACUCGGAGAAAUCUGUAAUCUGAGAGUGACUUGGUUGGGGUUAUAAAAUAGAAUGGCGAGUAGCUGGAGAAGAACGUUUGGCAACAUGAGGUCCUUCGUAAGCAAUUCGAUGGGUGGUCUCAGGGGCGGAAGCAACCUUGCUUCUUGGGUCGUCGCCGGAACCCUAGCUUACUUCCUCUGGAUCAAACCCUCCCAAGACCUCAAGCGUGAACAGCAGGAGAAGGCCGCUCUUGCCGCCGCCGAGUCUGAUCCUUAUCGUUACGUUGAGACUCGUAAACCCAUUCCCGAUCCUCAGGUUACGGGUUUGAUAUAUGGAAACAAGAGCAAGGACAAACCAACCAAACCAGAGGAUUGAUUCAUUCAUUAGCAUUCAUUCAAAUUCAACUGGGCAUAAACUCUUGUAAUGUAGGGGAUCAUUAACAACCAAAAUACAAUGAGGAUGCUGUGGUUACUUUUUAGAGAACUUAGAAAAAAUGGACAGCGAACUUGAACUUGGGAACAUACAGUGUGACUGUUAGAGUAUGCUAUAUUUUCUUGUUAGAUUAUAUUAUAUUUUCUGAUGUAUUAGUGACAGCAAUAAAGCUAUUUUAGUUGUACUACUCUGACAUAGUAGACUUAGGCUUGUCCCCUAUGUAAUCUUGCUUUUCUCUCUCUCUGUAAUCAGACCUCUUUCUUCUCUUGUGCUCAAUGACCUUGGGUCUAUAUAUAUGAAAGUCCUGUGGCUGAGUGUUGUAACUCAACUUACUCAGAUCUUGUCCAGUAAUUAAGACUCUUAACAAUGUAGCCCAUUAAUUUCACAGUGACAAUGUGACAAGCAAUCAAUGGAUGUCGAAUUUUUGUUUUA